AUGGCUCCUAUCACCGACGAGGUCGUUUCCGGCCUGAAGGACACAAUCGGCAAGCUGGAGGCUCGAGUCGUCGAGCUGGAGGACCGCCUUGUUAAUGGCGGCAACAAGCCUAAGUCGCUGACGGAGCAAAUGCGCAUCAUUCUGAUGGGUCCUCCUGGCGCUGGCAAGGGCACCCAGGCCCCGAACAUCAAGGACAAGUACUGCGUGUGCCACCUGGCUACCGGAGACAUGCUGCGAUCACAGGUCGCGAAGAAGACCGAGCUUGGCAAAGAGGCCAAGAAGAUCAUGGACCAGGGUGGCCUCGUCAGCGAUGAGAUCAUGGUCAACAUGAUCAAGAGCGAGCUGGAGAACAACACUGAGUGCAAGAACGGUUUCAUCCUGGACGGCUUCCCGCGGACGGUUGCGCAGGCUGAGCGCCUGGAUGACAUGCUUGCGGCGCGCAAGCAGAAGCUUCAGCACGCCGUGGAGCUGCAGAUCGACGACGCCCUGCUCGUGGCCCGUAUCACCGGCCGCCUGGUGCACCCUGCCUCCGGCCGUUCGUAUCACAAGAUCUUCAACCCGCCCAAGGCCGACAUGACCGACGACAUCACCGGCGAGCCCCUGAUCCAGCGGUCCGACGACAACGCUGAGACCUUGACCAAGCGUCUUGCUACCUACCAUGCCCAGACUGCCCCCGUGUGCGACUACUACAAGAAGACCGGCAUCUGGCGCGGCAUUGACGCCAGCCAGGAGCCUGGCCAGGUCUGGAAGAGCCUGCUCGGUGUUUUCCACAAGAACUAA